AUGGCUUGGUCAGAAUGGCCUGGUGCGCGAACGAAGUGUCGAGACACUAUUCGCUGGGCUGCGGUGUGUGGGCUGCUCCUGUUGGCCUGGCGAGGAGAUUCAGGUUUCCUCUCCUCUCCAAGGUGUCGAAGCGUGCAAGUUGCAAUGAAGGCUGAAACCGAAGCUGAAAGUGAAGCGCUGAGGGCGCGAGUAGCUCAAUUGGAAAUGAAGCUGGCGCAGAAGCUUCUGACAGAGGAGGACAUGCAGGAGGAUUUGCCUCCUUCCAUUCUCCAACCACUGGUCGAUGCUGCAGUGAAAGAGGUUCCGGAGUUGCAAGCUGUGGAAGACGCCCGAAUGGGCAUGACAGAAGACAAGAUGUAUGUUUUCCAAAUGGGCAACGCGUCGGGCAAGCAGGCCAUCUACAGGCGAAAGUAUGAGGUGAUGGGCAUGGUGCUUACGCAACAAGAAGAGUUUUUGAAGGCAAGUCGCAAAGCAGUGAAAAGUGCCAAGUCGUCGCCAGCCAUCCAGGAAUUGAUGGAGUUGAAGAAGAAUGGGGGCCUCGGCUUGACCAAGAAAGGGAUUGCAAAGGAGAUUUCCCAGAUCGAGGCCACUGAUAACAUGGCCGCCAUCAUCUUCAGGGAUGUGAUUCCCAAACUCGAGGAGAACCCGCUUGCAGAUUCCUUAGGCUAUCUGAGCGCCACCUUUCUCUUGAUUCUUGUGUUGGUAUUAUUCACGCUCUGUUUGGUGCCUCCAGUGAUAAACCCAGAUGAGUAG